AAGAAAAGAUGGCGGCUGAUGGUGUUUCUGUAAGUUUGGAUUUAAAUCAAAGAAAUGACCAAGAAAUGGCCAAAAGUAACGGCGAUGCUGGUGAUUUUGGGACUAAAGAAGGAAAGUUAGGUGGUCUGUCAAUCGAAGCCAUGAUAGCCGAGGAAAGAAGAGGAUUAAAGCGAAGGAUUGACGGAGAAGAUGAUGAGAUGAAGGAUGUUGAAGCUGGAACUGGAAAUGAUGAUUCUUUGCUGGGCUCGUUGAUGAGUGCUCUGGAAAAAGGUCAAAGAAGACGUAAAAAACGAAAGCAAGCGUUUACGACGCAGCAACCUAAGAAUGCUUUAAUGCAGUUGAAUGAGUUUAAACCUGGCUUAGAAUUCGUGCUUGUAUCGCAAGAAGGUCCACCUCAUGCGACUACGUUUGCCAUGACGGUCAGUGUUGAUGGGCAGACUUUCGAAGGAAAGGGACCCAGUAAACAAAAGGCUAAACAUGAUGCUGCAGAGAAAGCUCUUCGUUCGUUCAUUCAGCUUCCAUUUCCGAUUGAAAUGAAUUCAGCACAAAAAAGUGAGCCAGCAGAUUUUACUAAAGACACGACAUGCGGAACAGAUGCUGAUUCGACGCCAUUCAUUGCUUAUCCAGAUCAAGAAAAGACAGCAACAAAUGUUGCAAUUGACAAAGAAGCCAUUGAUUCGUCUAAAAACCCUGUAAUGCUGCUUAAUGAGCUACAUAAAGGGCAACUUGAUUACCAAUUUGAGGAAGAUCCAAGCCAGCGAAAUCCCUUUAUCUGUAAAGUUGGAGUGAGUGGGAAAGAGUUUACGGGAUCAGGAACAAGCAAAAAGAAAGCCAAACUCGUUGCAGCAUCAAAAGCACUUUCAGAUAUAUAUGGGAUAUCUGGUCGACAAUCAGGUGCAUUACCUUCUGUCGAUCAAUCAGUAGAAACCAUGGCAACAGCCCCACCACCACAGAGUCAGCUACCCCAACAUAUCGCCGAUCACAUUGCACAGCUCACCUUAGAUAAAUUUACAGAAUUAACUUGGUUGCUUGGAGACCAAGGAUUUCGGCGUAAAGUCCUAGCGGGAAUUGUCAUGACAACUAUGAAAGAUAAUGAAGAAUUMGAAUAUCAAGUGAUAAGCCUGGGAACAGGAACCAAAUUUAUAGGUGGCGAAUACAUCAGUGAAAAAGGUUAUGCCGUCAAUGACUGCCAUGGGGAGAUCAUUGCAAGACGAGGCUUGAGGAGAUUUUUGUAUUCCCAGCUUGAAGCUUAUGCAAGAGGAGAAGCAGAUUCUUCAAUAUURGAAAAAAAGCCAUCGGGACUUUUUGGCAUAAAAAGUGGAACAGAUUUUCAUUUGUAUAUCAGUACGUCACCAUGUGGGGAUGCAAGGGUUUUCUCACCUCACGAAGGAGCACCUGAUGAGAUUGAUAAUCAUUCUGGAAGGAAGAAGAGAGGGUUGUUGAGAGUCAAAAUCGAAAAUGGUGAAGGUACUAUCCCAGUAGCAAAUUCUGCUACUUCCAUCCAAACUUGGGAUGGAGUACUAGGCACAGAAAAGCUCCGUACUAUGUCUUGCAGUGAUAAAAUCAGCAAAUGGAACAUACUUGGUUUGCAAGGAGCACUGCUUAGUAACUUCAUGGAACCUGUGUAUUUGUCUUCAAUAACCCUGGGAAGUCUGUACAGGUAUGACCAUAUGUCCAGGGCAAUGUUUCUUCGCCUUGGAUGCGUUGACUGUUUACCAAAGUCGUACAGGCAGCACCAACCUAAGAUGAGUGGAGUUUCCUUUCCAGAGGCAAGAUUACCUGGAAAAGCCCCAAAGAACAGCCUUAACUGGACGAUAGGAGACCAAGGCCUUGAAAACAUCAAUACCUUGACAGGGAAGCUAAGUGAGGCAUUACAGYCUUCUAGGUUAUGCAAGCAAGCAAUGUAUGCUCGAUUCUGUGCACUGUGGAGUAAGAUUAACCCUACCWGGAAGCCUCCUGUCACUUAUUAUGAUGCAAAAGUAGCUGCCCAGGAAUACCAGGCAGCCAAGAAUUCGAUGGUUAAAGCAUUUGAAGUGAAUGGUCUGGGUAUUUGGUUAAAGAAGCCUGUUGAGCAAGACUGGUUUGACAUCAUUGGUGCUCCCUAAUUCUAACAGUAAUCUGAUAGUACUCUUUUAAGAUACUACAUGGACAGAAUAUUCACUUCUCCCAGUAUUUUAUAGUAAAAGAAACCCUAUUGAACAAGACUGAUUUAAUAUCAUAGUAAAUCUGUUCAUUUCUACUCUCUCAAGCUUAUAUUGCAUUGUAUAAAUCCUAGACCACUUUAUCUUUUCCUUUUUUUUUUUUUUCUUUUCUUUUUUGAUGACAAUACAAUGUUGUAACGAGUUAACACUUAAUGUAUAUAACAUCUUUCAAAACAAAGUUUGGUGUAAAUAUAUCAUGGUAGAAAGGACUUGCUAUUCUGUUUUAUCAUAACUUCAUAUUUURUUUUAGGCUUUUGGUCUAUGCAAACUUCACAGAACUCUCAUUGCAAAUAGCGUUAUUUUGUUGAGCCAUGCAAACGUCCAUCUUAAAAUAUAUAUGAAAUAAAAACUGUAAUAAAAAUAUUGUUUUAAAGUUGACUUUAA